AUGUCGCAAAAUUCAAAGCUGGCCGGAGUGGAGUUGAUGAGACACUUUAGAGGUUUGGCGUCAAGAAAAGGAGCCUACAUUCCUCCAUUGGUCUAUCAAGCCAUGUUGAAAGUACCUCCACCAUCCAUGUAUGGUAUCCCUUGCGAGAUUGGAAAAUUGAAGGAAAUAAAAUUCCCUGAUGAUUCAUUGAAAGUCAAGAUUGAAAAGUUGUCCAAACACAAGAAGCAAAUUAUGAAGUCUGGAUUUGCUCCACUUCCCUUCUGGUUUGCGAGAAAACUCAGAGAUAAUGCUCUUGUGAGAGUCCGUCAAUUGAUGGACGAGGGCCUCACCGAAGAUGAAGCCAUCAAAAAGUGGGACGAAGAAUAUAGCAGAGAAGUGGAAAUUCAACAACGGGAAUGUACAUUACUCUCGGAAGCUGCUCUCAAGAAUAAUGAGGUGCUCUCCAUGAAUGAUACGCUUGCUAUUCUGAAGACAAUAAGAGACACACAGAGAGAGAAUGAUAUCAGACAAGGAAGAAAACUCCGAAAAAUUGUUGCCAAACUUGAAAUUGAGAGAAGAAAGUUGUUGGGACUUGAUGUUGAAGAGUCUUUGCUCAGAGAGGCUGAAUAUGAAGCAGAAAUUGAGUUUGACAAAUUGUUGGAUCCAAAGCAAGAGGGUAAACGAAAUGCUAUCAAAGUUGAACAUCGUGUCAAUCAAACAGUACUUCGUAAGAUUGCUCAAGCUAUUGAAAUUGAAAAAAUCGUUUUGGAAAUCAGAGAAUUGAAACGACAAUAUGGUCCUACAAAUGCUGCUCUUUCAGACGGACCUCACAUUUCACCAUUUGACUUUAUUGGAGCCUAUGUGAAAGCAUUCGAUGUGAACAAGAUUGGAGCCACAAGCGCAGACUGGGGCAAAGAUCGUGAAAUUUACAGUGCAUUUGUUAAUGGUCAAAAGGUGCACGACAUUUUGAAGGAAAAGUAUGAAUUACUGAAGGAGCACUUCUCUCGUUUUGCUCGAUUGAAGGAAGUGAGAACAGAUUUGCCCAAUUUUUUGGCUGCUUUGGAUGUUACAGGUUCUUCCAAGUCAUCAUCGGAGGCUGAUGCUGCAUUAGCUAAAUAUUCUAAGAAGCCUUCAGGAGAUGAUCUUACCAGAUUGUUGAACGAAUUAGGCGUUGAGCCAAUAGAUUUGAGCCCUAUUAUUGACGAAUUGAAGAAAUUCUCAUGGCAAGGAUGGAACAAGUUGAAGGAGGAUCAAGGAAAGAUGGAAGAGCUCUUCCUCAUGCUUGAACUAGGCUGUUAUAUUUACAACACGAGUUUACUGAACAGUUACAAACCAAAAUAUAUUUUGAAGGCAGAAAAUAGUCCUUCAGACUUUGUGAGCUAUUUGAAGAAGUAA